GACCGAUCUCAGCCCUAUACUGGCUACUCGUAAUGCUACCUAUCGUGAUAUGGCUGAUAAGUGUCAAUUAAGUCCAUAAUCUCUCAGAACGAUCAUAUUGAAAACAUGUCUGAUAUCGAUACUCUCGGUCAGGCCGAGUCUCAUUCUGGUCAUGACGUGGUGUCAAAACAGCAAGCCCGCCACCGACAUAUCAACGACCGGGCGGUAAUUGAAAACCCUCUCUCUCACUAUACCGACGAACAGCUGGAAGCAGAUGUCACGUCAUUCGCAGAGAGGUAUCUGAACGUCGACAAGGGAGCUUUGAUACGAGCCGCGCGUGUGGCAAAGGACAUCAAGUUAUACGACGAAGUUGCGAGAAACCCAAGCGACGCGGCAGGAAAGGAGCUUCCUGUUCAACUGACAACGGAGGAGAAACGGGCGCUUGUUCGGGAACGCGAUGUACCCUUCAGCGAAAAAGGGAUGUGGACUAUCAUCAUCACAGUGUCCCUUGCAGCGUUCUUACAAGGCCACGUGCAAGCGUCAUUCAACGGCUCAUCUCUGUAUGACACGGAAUUCGGUUUGAACACGACGGCCAAGAAAGACGACAACAGUGCGACGGGUAGUCACGCUGAAUUAGGAAUCGAUGACUGGAAGCUGGGAGCCGCAAAUGCGUCUCCUUUCUUAUUUGCUGCGGUGCUGGGCUGCCCUCUUGCGCUGCCGGUGAACCAUUAUCUCGGUCGUAAAGGGGGAAUGGUAGUGGCUGCUUUUCUUAUCCUGGUCAGCUCUAUUGCUUCGGCUUUCGCGACGAACUGGGUACAUCUUUUUGGCAUUCGGCUGGUGAAUGGAAUAGGUAUGGGACUCAAGGCCGUCAGUACUCCUAUCCUAGCCAGUGAGACAGCGGUCGGUUUCUGGCGCGGCACCUCCAUUCUCGCAUGGCAGCUGUGGGUAGCCGCGGGCUUGAUGGUCGGCUUCGCCUUCAACCUGGUAUUCGACACGGCGAGCAAUAAGCGGCUGACCUUCCAACUCAUGGUGGGCGCGCCCAUGGUUCCCGCUCUCGCGCUGCUCGUCCUGGUCAUCUGUUUCUGCGAAGAGAGCCCGCGGUACCUGAUGCGCGUGUCGAGUCCGCGGUACGACCCGCAACGGGCGUACGAGAUCCUCAAAAAGCUGAGGAACACUGAGCUGCAGGCUCUCCGGGACAUUUACCUCGUGCACAAGUCCAUUGAGCAGGAGGAAGUGCCGGGCGCGAACCUCAAGUACAUACCAGGGUUUGUGUCGACCGUGGUGGGAUUCCUGCGGCAGUGGAGGCAGCUGUUUCUUGAAAGGCGGUUGAGGAACGCGUUGAUUAGUAGCUCGACUGUGGCGCUUGCCCAACAACUGUGUGGAAUCAACGUGCUGGCCUUCUACUCGGGCACGCUCUUCAGUCGUGCCGGUGCGGAGAAGCGAGAUGCCAUGUUCUUCAGUCUAGGCUAUGGAGCUGUCAAUUUCAUCUUUGGUCUACCCGCCAUCCGAACGAUCGAUACGUUGGGCAGACGGAAAUGGCUGAUAUUGACUCUACCCGUGAUGGCACUCUUCAUGCUCCUCGCAGGUGUCUCCUUCAACAUCCACAACCUGAAUGCCAAGGUCCCGGUGGUCGCCUUAUUCAUCCUCCUGUUCGCGGCCGCGUACUCGCCCGGGCUGGGGCCUAUCCCGUUCACCUACGCGUCAGAAAGCUUCCCACUAUCGCACCGCGAAGCCGGGGCUGCGGUCGCCAUCGCGGUGAACCUGGGCUUCGCCGGUCUGCUCUCUGUCUUCUUCCCGCGGAUCAACUCCGGGCUGGGCGACGCCGGCUCGCUGUACCUCUUUGCGGGGCUGAACGUCCUGGCCCUAGUCAUGGUCUUUUUGCUGUUGGAGGAGACCAAGAGGCGCAGCCUGGAAGACCUAGAUCUCGUUUUUGCCGUGUCGAAGCGGCAGUUCGUCAAGCACCAAGCCGUCGAGUACUUACCGUGGCUCUUUAGGCGCUAUAUUCUACGGAAGCACGAGUACAAGCCGAGUCUGUAUAUUGAUCUGAUAUGGGGGUCUGGAGGCGACGAAGAGGAGCGGACGCGGGUGAGGGAUGCGGGACGGAUGGACGGGAGGAGGGAUAGUUCCGAGUCGGACAGGGACAGCGCUCACGCGUAAAUAGGUUGAGGAUUGCGUUGUGUGAAUGGACGAUGCGUUCUGGGGAUUGCAACACCGUUGUGGCUGAGUUUACGAAAGCGAGAAAGCGAAUGGGUGGGUUUGUUAUUAGUCCUUCUGGCGUGAAACUGGCCCGCAAAUCCUCGUUGGCUUUACGCGUAUACGAGUCAAGGAUUGUUGGAAUUAUUUGGUGGCAAUGAUACUUGGCUUUGGGACAACAGUAGGAAUGUCAGAAUCGUUUAAGCUUAGGCCGAAUUGUUAUAAAGAUAGGUAGAUUUGAAAAGUUCACUGGAGGCGUGGCGCAUCCAGGAUUCGUUGUUGUAA